AUGGCCAAAUCAGACCUCCUGGAGACCUGGGUGUACGCUGUCGUUGCAAGGCAACGCGAGGACGUGAUGGUCGUGGAUGAGUCUGGCAUCCUUGACAACGUCUCUUGCGAGGCUUCUACCAAGGGGAACGUCAAGUCGGGAAUGGACUGCAUCUGGGCCCCGAUCCCGCACCUGUGCCUUUCCCAGAGCCAGCAGGAGUGGGAGACGUUUAUGCGUACGAGAGGAGCCGCGGAGCUAGGCAUUCGGUCGGCGACAAGUCUGACGUUCGACAGUGUGCAGAAGUCGAUGCGUGAUAACUCGGAAGACUGGCUGCGAGAAUUGGGCCUGGACCUCUUCAGGGCUCGUCAGGCGCGUCUUGAAGGGUUGACUUGGGCUGCUUCGUGUAGGUUCCUUUCGAAUGGAGUUCUGUGGAACCACGUGCAGCCGUGGGUGAAGAAGGACAUGAAUAAGCUGCUAAGCCUUACUCCAGAUGAAAUCAGGAAGGGUCCGUUUAUUGCGCUACACGUGGCGGAUGGGCAGGGCAAUCGGACGACAGCAAGAGGCACCCACAGGGGGCCAACGAUGGGAACAACGCACGUUGUGGGGAUAGAGGUAAAACGUUACCCUUUGUUCUUCUUUUAA